CCAGUCCGACUGUCCACUUACCACCAAUACUGCCCGCUGGCCACGUCCCUCAGUGCCACAUCCCCAAGGCUCUGGAACACCUCCACGGACGAUGACCCCACCACCUCCCUGGGCAGCUGUGCCACUGCAGCACCAUUCUUUCAGCUAAGUUUUUCCCAAUAUCCAACCUAAAGGAGGGCUGUGUCCCCAGGCACGUGGCGUUCAGCCAGCCCACAGCCAUGUACACACCCUCCACGUUACAGAGCCUUGCUAUUGCAUGUUUGCCUCUGCUUGCCAGCCAGCUCCCACACACAGCAGCUCUGCAGCUCCCUUGAUAAACCAGCUUUCCAUGGUUAUUUUCAUUGGGAGCUCCAGCCUUGCAGAAGCAUCUCUCCCAGAUCUCAUUCCACCACUGCACCGCCUACACGUAAUGAUCAGACGAAUCUAAACUCUCCUCCACAACAUCGAGUGUCAUUUGCUCAUUUACUGCACUGUGCAACGCUCCUCUGGUUGACUCUGGGCUGAAGGAUGGAGCUAUUGCUUCUUCACUACCCAUUUACUUUUCUGCUCAUUGCAGUUCUAAUCCUUUGCUGGAGGUACCCUACAUUCAAAUACUUCUUCAAGAUGACCUUCUACCAGGUGUGGAUCUUCACCAUCAGCUUUCUGGUUGUUAUCCUUGCUCUUCCUCGUGGUCGCAGCUUUGAAAACAUAAAGAUUCUGCGCACGGCGAUUCUUACAGUCAAAUAUGCCCUUGGUGUCAAGAUUGUGGUGAAGGGCAAGGAGAACCUCAGGACUAAGAAGCCUUGUGUACUUGUGUUGAAUCACCAGAACUCCCUGGACGUUAUGGUGAUUAUGCAGAUGAUACCAAAUCGCUGUGUGCCCAUUGGAAAGAAGGAAAUACUGUACAUGGGCCCCUUUGGCCUCGCAUGCUGGUUUUCGGGCAUCGUAUUCAUUGACCGCAAGAAGAGGGAAGAGUCCAUCGCUGUCCUGACAGAGAUGGCACACACCAUGCGCAAAGAUAAUUUCCAUGUCUUGAUCUUCCCUGAAGGAACUCGCAAUCACAGUGGCUCCAUGCUGCCAUUCAAACGUGGGGCCUUCCAGUUGGCCGUGAGAGCCCAGGUUCCCAUUGUUCCUGUAGUGAUCUCUUCCUACAACAGCUUCUACAGCCAGAAGGAGAAGAGAUUCACAUCAGGGACAAGCACCAUCCAGAUCUUACCACCAGUGGAGACCGUUGGCCUGAGCUCAGAUGAUGUUCCCAAGCUCACCGAGCAGGUCCGUGACUCCAUGAUGAAUGCCUAUCAGAGGAUAUCAGGAAUGACAAAUGGGGGUUCCCAUGAAUGACCCCACAACCACAAAAAGGCCUGGAAGCAGAAAACUCAAAGGACUGCAAGCCUGACAGGGAUAGGCAAAAGCAUGGAAUCAUUUGAUUUGGAAGGGACUCUUAGAGCCAUCUGGUCCAACACCCACAGCCCCAUCAGUGCUCAGAGCCCCUCCAACCUAACGUUGGGUGUCUGCAGGGAUGGGGCACCCACCAUAUCUCUGGGCAACCUGUGCCAGUGCCUCACCGCCCUUACUGUACAGAUCUUUCUCCUUGUAUCCAAUCUAAAUCUCCCUUCUUGUCCUGUCACAACAGCCCCAGCUAAAGACUCCAUCCCCUUUCUUACAGCCCCUUUUGAUACUGAAGGCCACUCUCGGCUCUUCCCAGAGCCUUCUCCUCUCCAUGCUGCACAGCCCAGCUCUCAGCCUGUCCUUGUAGGGAUGUGUUCCAUCAUUUUUGUGGCUCUCCUCUGGACACACUCCAACAGCUCCAUGUCUCUCCUGUGCUGAGCACUCCCCACCUGCGUGCAGUGCUCCAGGAGAUGUCACAGUGCAGAGCAGAGGAGCAGAUCCCCUCCCUGCCCUGCUGGCCACACUGCCUUGGAUGCACCCAGGGGACGGUUGGCUUUCUGGGCUGUGAGGGCACGCUGCUGGCUCGUGCCCAGCUGCCACCCACCAGUACACCCAGGUCCUUUUUGGCAGAGCUGUGCUCCAUCCCUACACCCCCCAGCUUGUACUGAUAGCAGGGGUUGCCAUGACCCAGGUGCAGGUGCCCACCGUUUAUCCUGUCCAGGUCUCUCUGGAUGGCAUCCCAUGCCUCAGGCACAUUGACCACACCACACAGUCUGGUGUGAUCCAUUAACUGCUGAGGGUGCACUCGAUCCCACUGUUAAUGUCAUUGAUGGAGGCUAUAAAGAGCUCCAGUCCCAGCACUGACCCGUAAGGGACAUCGCUCAUCACUCGUCAUAUUGACCACCACUCUCUGGGUAUGGUCUCACAACCAGUUGCUCAUCCAUUGCACAGUCCACCCACCCAGUCCCUACCUUUCCAAUUUGGAGAGAAGGAUGUUGUGGUGGACCGUGUCAAAAAAAGAAAAGCCCACAGAAAGAAGAAGAACAUUUAAGUAGAAGUGUUGAAAUGGUGGUCACCUUCCUUCCUGAGAACUGUGCUGCCUGAGCUCUAUGGAUGGACUCAAUGGACAACUGGACAAUACUUUGUAAUCUUAACCCUGAGAGCUUCUCUCCAUCUUGGAACCCAGGCAGAGGUGGAUCUUUACUGUGACCAUUGCUGUGUGCUUGAUCACCUUUUCUCACUAAAAGCCAACAAGAUGGAGGCAUUUAUCCCAGAGCCCGUGGCCAUUCUGCCUCAGCAAUUGCUUGUCUUGCAGUUAGAAGGUCCCUUGCCUCUCCUUUUACACAAAGGGAGGUUUUGUGUUCCAUGAUUGGUCAGAUCUUGAAAGCAUGAAGGGAAUGUGUCCACAGGACUUAGAGGUCAGAGGCAAACUGCAGAAAUACAUCACCUGAAGCCCUUGUCUUGCCCUGAAAAUCUCAUUAUUUUUUUACACAAUGUAUUUUUCGAUCCACAUCCGCUAUGGGAGCUGCAGCUCCUGAUUUCUGGAAGCUUCCUGUUUUUUCCCUGUCUUCUCUACGUCCUCAACAGAGUUUCUGUUGGAGGUGAGGGAGAACAGAGUGCCAAUAAGAUAUGAAAUAAAUACAUUUUAAAAGCUCGA